UGAAAAAUCAGGGCAAUGCUUAAUGCCUUGGGACACACAUGAGUUUUUCUUGGUGACAUUACAGUCGGAGCAACAAAUGUCUCCCAGUUACACCUCCAGUGUGAAGACUUCCCACUUAAACCCCCAAUGUCUCCCAGUUAAGGCUCAUGUGCCAAAGGCUGUGGGGGUUGACAGUCGCCAUGUUAAAUAACAGUCAGGCCAGCUGGUGACUCCCACUGCACUGCAUGUAAAUGGUCCUGGGUAGCCUCUCAGACAGGCCAGGGGUACUUGGUGCAAACUCAUCUCCAUUACACUUUGGACAGAGUGGCAGAGCAGUUGGCACCAUUAAGACUCGUACUGCUGCCUCAGCUCUUCUAACACACUGAUCUGCCUCCCAUUCCAGAUCCAGCCAGCGAUGCACGUCCCACUCGCCUGAGCCAAUUGGAAGAGGAUGACCAGCUGGAUCUCCUGCAACAGGUGGAGCUGGCCAGGACCACCUUGAUGUCCCAGUGGAAAGCGAGAACCGUACAGGCCUGGCUUGAGGUGAUCAUAGCGAUGCCCAUGUAUGUGCGUUCCUGUGCCAAGAACGUCAAGAGUGGAAAGGUGCUGCUUGGGCUGACCGACGAGGACCUGGAGUUCGGUCUUGGCAUCUGCAACACCCUGCACCGCCGGAAGCUGCAGCUGGCCAUCGAGGACUACCAGCUUGCGGAGAGCAGCCAAAGGUUGUCCAAUGCAGCAGAUCUGGAUCACCACUGGGUGGCUAAAGCGUGGCUCUGUGACAUCGGUCUGCCUCAAUACUCACAAAACUUCCUGAAGCACCUGGUGGACGGCCGAGUCCUCCGCUCACUGACCCGCCGGGACCUCGAGAAGCACUUGAGCAUCACCAAGAAAUUCCAUCAGGUCAGCAUCCUCCUGGGAAUCGAGCUGCUCAGCCAGGCGCACUGUGACAAGGAGGUGCUGAUUGAGAGGCGGAGCCAAUGUGAAAAUGUCAAUCGCGAUCCCAUUGUCUGGACGAACCAGCGCAUGAUGAAGUGGAUCAGAGACAUAGACCUCAAGGAGUACGCUGAUAACCUGGAGUUCAGUGGUGUGCACGGUGCAGUGCUGGUGCUGGAGCCCGCAUUCAACGCUGAGGCCUUGGCGUCUGCCCUUCACAUUCCCAGCCAUCGGCAUAUCCUCCGUAGACACCUCUCUGAGGAGUUGAAGGUGCUCAUCACAUCCAACAGAGAAAGCUUCCCAGCAGACCAGGACAGACAAGGCUUGGGUGGGCCCACCUCUUGGCCAGGAGUCAGACAUACAGAGGAGGAGCGGGCCGUAAAGUGCAGAGAGGGGAAGCCACCUGUAGAACGUUCAUCCAGAGUGUUCACAGACAAAGACCUCGGGUUUCAUGGGAAUCGCAGCUCGCUGCCGCAUGACAGCAAUAAUGGCAAGACGGGCAGACCACAUGGGAGCAGCAUGGAUAGCCUUGCCAGUUCACGGGUUACUAAUGUUUGAUGUGUCACUUCAGACAUCUUUGCAAUUCACACUGGGAUAUGGAGGAGCAGACAGUUAACAGGCCACAGGUUUGUUCCUAACUGCUGCUGCUGCUCCCAGGAGAGUGUGGGACAUCCAAGUGAGCUCCUGUCAGCCAGCACAGUGCACACAUGUUUGAAGAGUAACGGCUCUGUAGGGCUGAACAGGGCACUCGACUGGCGCUGCCCACCGCAGAAAGGGAAGU